AACGACGAGAAUCUCACCAGAUUUACAUGGCAUCACUAUCGUCUUGGGUUUUUUCACUGGCAAAUUGCAAGAAAAAACUUGUUGGGGAAGAAUCUCCGAGUUAUACAUCACUAAAAUAAAGCUUCGUGUUGAGGCUACCCAGUUUCAUUUGUUAGUCACGUAUUUGUGGUUGAGUUUGAAGACACAAUUUUUCUUGCUUUAUAAAUAUCAAUUAUAAAUGAAAUCUAUUAUUGCUAUAGUAAUUUUUAGUGGUAUCCUCGGUGUACAUUUCGUACAAUCCCAGAGGGUACCUCAUCCAAAUUGUACAGGAGGAUUUAAAUAUAUCUAUAUAAAUACCAAACUGCAGUGGGUAGGCAUUGGUUGGGCUUGGACCACGACAACUAGCAGACUACACAACGUUACAAUUGACUUGAAUUUUGCGACAGCACCGCUACCAAAUACUGACAAUUUAGGGUCAUUAAAGAUCUUAGCCUUUCAUCGUCUUAAGACUCUGAAAUCUGAUGAAAAACGAUGGAAUAUAAUUUAUGAAUUAAGAUUUCCAAUCCAAGAUCCAUUGCCUGAUGUCACAUGGAUUGCUUUAAACGGUGAAACUAUUUGUGAAGAUCGCGCUAAGGAAUUUGCUGAUCCAAAACCAGAUUUAGUGACUUUGAAUCUACGAUAUAACGAUUAUCGAAAGGAACAAAUGUUCACAUCCAAAUUAGUUAAGAAAUAUGAUGAAACUACAACACCUGCCACAGAAACCGUCCAUGGUCCACUUCAGUAUACUGAUGAUAGUAACUCAGUUGGCUGUGGAAAGGUGGACCAAUCAAAUAUUUACGUUCCACUAAUACUCGAUGGAACAACGAUUCAGAGAGGAACCUGGCCAUGGCUAGUAUCAAUAUAUUCCUAUAAUAAACUCAGACUGGGCUUCAGAUGCGGAGCUACACUUAUAUCGCAAAAAUUAGUGGUCACAGCUGCCCAUUGCUUCUUUGACAUCAACAAUCAACAAAUAAAAAAAGAAGAUGUCAUAAUCAUACUGGGACAAUAUAAUCUGAAGAGACCCCAAGAUACAGGAACACAAAUUUUGUCUCCUGAAAGCAUUAACGUACAUCCUGAUUAUCAAAAACGCAGUACUAUUGAUUCCGACAUCGCCGUUGUAGUGUUACCACAGCCCGUAAGUUUUACGACAUAUAUUCGGCCGGCAUGUUUGUGGAAUGAAGAUGAUGAUCUUAAAAAUAUUGUUGACCAAAAAGGCUUAACAGCUGGUUGGGGAAGGGAUGAAAAGGGAAAUUUCUAUACAGAAUUGCCCAAACAAGUCGAGCUUCCUGUGGUGUCGGAUGAUGCAUGCUUAAGGUCUCAUGAAGUAUUCCCUAAAAUCACAUCGGAAGCAACCUUUUGUGCCGGAUGGCGCAAUGGUCUUGAAGGACCUUGCAAUGGUGAUUCAGGAGGACCUCUUGUUUUCGAAAGAAUGGGACGUUGGACACUUAGAGGGGUGGUUUCUACAUCUCUUUCAACUGAUGGAAGUAACACAUGUAACCUCAAUGAAUACGUUGUGAUGACAGAUGUUGCAAAAUUCCGUAGCUGGAUUACAUCUUUUUCAGAUGAAGUGAAUUUAUAAUAAUAUUCCUUAUGAUUUAGACAUAAGAACCAAAUUCUGAUAACUGAUAAAUACUGAUAAUAAAUACAAUAACGUAAAAGUUUACCAGAAAUUAACUGUUUAACAGUAGGAAAAGUUUAGUUAUAAGGCUUAAACCUUGGCUUAAACAAAAUCAUUAUUUUGGAAUAUCAGGAAACAGGAUUUAACAGUAUCAUACGUUUAGGUGAAAUUUUCUUAUGAAUAAAAGUCUUCCAGCGCAGGCUGUAAAAUUACUGAACUUACAAAUAUAAGUGAUUCACAAUAUCACUACAGAAUAUUAUGGGAUUAUCAUAGCUGUAUCUGCCUUUGUAUAAGUAUUACACAGUAUUCCUAAUUAUAUAGUAGGUAUACCAGCGUAAUGAAUAAAGAACCCCCCAAUGAAUAUACUCACUAAUUUUAGCAUAAAAUCGUAAUUGUAAGAAUAACAACAGAUCAAUGAAAAUAUUUUAAAUGC